CCACACCCAGCAGGCAUGUGGGUUACACUGGCACUAGAUCAUGCUUCACGUUUCCCUUCCUAGGAGAAUGCCACCAAUGAGGAGAUCCUGCUUUCCUUGAAGCACGUCCGCCCCGGCAAAGGGUAUGAACCUAACUUCACCGUGUUCGAGAAGUGUGAUGUGAAUGGGGCAAAUGCUCACCCGCUCUUCACUUUCCUGAAAGAGGCCCUGCCUUUCCCACACGAUGACCCAAUGGCGCUGAUGACCAAUCCACAGUACAUCAUCUGGUCUCCUGUGUGCCGGAAUGACAUCUCCUGGAACUUCGAGAAGUUCCUCAUUGGGCGGGACGGCGUGCCCUACAAGCGCUACAGCCGGCACUUUGAAACCAUCAGGAUCCAAGAUGAUAUCGAAAAACUCCUCCAGCAAGACCCCUAGAACGCUCUCAACCAAGCCAAAGUUCUGCAGAAACUUUUCUCUCUCGGCUCUGUCAUCCUCCUCAGGCUUGUUAUCUCUGCCUCCUGUUGCCUCAGUCUGCUGGCCUUCAGGUCUCUCACCUGGCCUGCCUGCUCUUUCUGUGACCUCUUUGCCCUGUAUGUACAAUGCUAUUGUCCAUGGAAGUUUUACUCAUGAUGGUGCUUCUUCCAAACCCUUCCGGAGGAGCACUUGAUGUUGUCUGUAAAAGUUGCAUGUGAAUUUUUAGCAAACUGCUGCAGGGGAAGCAGCCCUGAGUCUGGGCAGCUUGUUUUGAGCCUUUGUGUUACCAAUACAAUUCCUGAAGACCAUC